UUCUUUCUUCACCGAAAAAUUCUCAUCGUUAAAUUCUUAUUUGACUUAUUUCGGUACUCGGUAGCUAUCUCGGCGGAAUUUUUGCUUUAAAAAUGAUUUGAAAAUUUUAUAAAAUUGUACCAGAAGUUCUCCAUUAGUAUUCCUUUUCCCUCAUGUUCAGUUGAACUACCUGAAGUUUAUUUUUCUCGAGUAUUUUAGAAUUGUCAACGUUAAGAUGGUUCGUAAAAAAAUUGAUAACAGAAUAAGAGUUCUUAUUGAGAAUGGUGUGGUUAUUGGACAUAGAACUUUGUUUAUUGUGGUGGGCGAUAAAGGCAGAGAUCAAGUUGUUAUUCUGCAUCAUAUGCUGUCCAAAGCGAAUGUAAAAGCUCGUCCAAAUGUUUUAUGGUGUUACAAAAAGGAACUAGGAUUCAGCAGUCAUAGAAAGAAUAAAAUGAAGAACUUGCAACGUAAAAUAAAAGCCGGACGAGUAAAUGUAAACGAUGAUGAUCCUUUCGAAUUAUUCAUAGCUUCUACAACUAUACGUUAUUGUUAUUACUCGGAAACCCAGAAAAUUUUGGGUAACACGUAUGGAAUGUGUGUCUUACAAGACUUCGAAGCUUUGACGCCGAAUUUGCUAGCUCGUACCGUUGAAACUGUUGAAGGAGGUGGAAUUAUCGUUAUACUUCUUCGUUCGUUGACUUCUCUGAAACAGCUGUACACCAUGAACAUGGAUGUGCACGAACGAUACCGAACUGACGCCCAUUCAGAUAUUGUUGGUAGAUUUAACGAAAGGUUUUUGUUGUCUCUAUCAUCCUGUGAUCGGUGUCUUGUAAUUGAUGAUCAAUUAACCGUGUUACCAAUCGCAUCCAAAGCUUUGAAUGUCGAACCAGUGGAUAAAAGUAAUGUUCUUUUUGAAAGCGAAGAAGAACUCGUUGAAUUGAAAGAAAGUUUGAAAGACACCCAGCCGGUAAGCUGUUUGGUGAAUUGCUGCAAAACCAUCGACCAGGCGAAAGCUGUGCUCAAGUUUGUCGACGCAAUAUCCGAGAAAACUGUAAGCUCCACUGUUUCUUUGACGGCAUCGAGAGGACGAGGCAAAUCCGCUGCGUUGGGUCUAGCAGUGGCGGCGGCUGUUGCCUACGGUUAUUCGAAUAUAUUCGUUACAUCGCCGUCUCCGGAAAAUUUGAAUACAUUUUUUCAAUUCGUUUUGAAAGGUUUUGAUGCGUUAGCCUAUCAAGAGCACUUAGAUUAUGGUAUAGUUCAGUCGACGAAUCCCGAAUAUAACAAAGCUUUAGUUCGAAUCAAUAUUUUCAAAGAUCAUCGUCAAACGAUUCAAUAUAUUCAUCCAAGCGAUGCGCAGAAAUUGAGUCACGCCGAACUCGUGGUAAUUGAUGAAGCCGCUGCCAUUCCAUUGCCUUAUGUUAAAUCUAUGUUGGGACCGUAUUUGGUGUUUCUUUCGUCCACCAUUAAUGGAUACGAAGGCACUGGUCGUUCUCUAUCGCUGAAGUUAUUACAACAGUUAAGAAAUCAAACUGCUCCUCAUAGCACUAAUUCUGAUAAAACUGCUCAAUCUACUAGUGGCCGUUCAUUACACGAAAUAGCACUAAACGAAUCGAUUCGAUAUCGGAAUAAUGACUCGAUUGAAAAAUGGUUGAGUGACUUGUUAUGUUUAGACGCUACUUCCGUUCAACCAAUAUUGAGUGGAUGCCCGCCUCCGGAAGCUUGCGAUCUCUAUUAUAUCAAUAGAGACACUUUAUUUUGCUAUCAUAAAGCCUCCGAAGCAUUUUUACAUCGCGUCGUUGCUCUGUUUGUUGCUUCUCAUUACAAAAAUACACCGAACGAUUUGCAAAUGAUGUCGGAUGCUCCAGCUCAUCAUUUGUUCUGUCUUUUGGGACCGAUUAACGUCAACUCCAAAUCACUUCCUGAAGUACUCUGCGUUGUUCAAAUUUGUUUGGAAGGUCAAGUGUCCAAAUCAUCGAUUAGUAGCGGCCUGGCACGUGGUAAACGAGCAUCUGGUGAUUUAAUUCCUUGGACUGUCGCGCAACAGUUUCAAGACGAAGAAUUUCCUGCUCUGGCUGGUGCUAGAGUUGUUCGUAUCGCUACACAUCCGGAUUAUCAGGGGAUGGGCUAUGGUAAACGAGCUUUAACUUUACUAAAAUCGUACUACGAAGGCCAAAUUGUGAAUCUACACGACAAAACGAAGUUACCCGAAGAAAACAUUGAAAGUGUUGAUGAUUCUAGUAUUGGCUUAUUAGAAGAACGAAUUGAACCUCGCAAACAUUUGCCUCCUUUGUUAUUGAAACUGAACGAACGUCCUGCCGAAGUUUUAGAUUACAUCGGAGUUUCUUACGGUGUUACGGCUCCUUUGUUCAAAUUCUGGAAGAAAAUCGACUUCGUCCCCGUUUACUUAAGGCAAACUGCGAAUGAUCUAACUGGCGAAUAUUCGUGCAUUAUGUUGAGUAUUUUGAAUGCUGGUUCCGAUGAGACGAACGAGAAUCAAAAAUGGCUUUCAGAAUUCUUCACCGAUUUUAGGAGACGAUUUCUAUCUCUAUUGUCGUUUCAGUUUAAAACCUUUCAUCCGUCUUUAGCGCUUAGUAUAGUUACCAACAAUAGCGUUUCUGAUGAAAACCGUAAGAGCUUAUCAAAAGAAGAAUUGUUAAUGUACUUAACAAUGCAUGAUAUCAGACGUUUAGAAAUGUAUUGCCGUAAUUUAGUGGAUUACCAUUUAAUCGUUGACCUAGUUCCGACUUUAGCCAAAUUAUAUUUUCAGAAUAAACUUGGCGAUGUACACCUUUCAGCCGCGCAAGCAGCAAUUUUACUCGGUAUUGGAUUACAGAGCAAAACCGUUGAUAAUUUAACCACUGAAUUAGAAUUAGUUUCGUCACAAUUACUCGGAUUAUUCAAUCGAACAAUCAGACGAAUUGUACAAUACUUGGAUGAGGUGUUGGAAAAAGCGAUAGAGUUGACUUUCGAAGAGUCUCAAGUGCCCGAAAUGAAACCAUUGACCGAAACUGUCGACGACGAUUUAGAAAAAGUCGAAAAGGCUUUGAAAAAGAAACAGAAGAAAGAAUUGCAGAAAUUGAAAUUGGAGAAUUUGGAACAGUACGUUGUAAAAGGCGCUGAAAAAGAUUGGAAUGAUGCGUUACAGAAAAAUGCGGGAAUUGUGUCUAUUAAGAGUAAUGAUGUAUGUGUUUGUAAUUCAACAGCGGUACGAAAAGACAACUAAGUGAAGUAAAAAUACCGGAAGAACCUCCCAAAAAGUCUGUCAAGAAGAAAAAAAAGAAAUAAAAAAUUUUACCACGA